UCGGUUCCGUCUCGAUUUCACCGGCCUUCCGUACCCUGCGGUGCUGCCGCGCUUAGCGCUGGGCCGGCGCGCUCUGGCGUACUGCGUCGAGCUUGCUUUAGCUUGGGCAACCAACCACAGCUGCACUUCAUACGGUUUAUGUGGUACCAGCGCUCUGUGGCAAAAUACUGGUAUUUCCUCACCUUCCCUACCAGUUCCUUGGGAGACGCUGCAGAACCGUGCUUGCCCGCCUGCUGACUGGCAGUACUGCCAGGCCAGGCUCGUCCACCUCGUUACAUCUCCUCAGUCGCAUCGAAAUGCUGAGGUCCAAAAAUCCUUCCCAUUAAUCCCUUGAGCAACGACCCUUGCUUUACACCGUAGAGUUUAAUUCCAGGUGUGGACUGCUUAUAGACUUUUGCAGUAGAACAAAUAAACAAGGAUACUUCCACCCUUUUAGUGCAGUGCACUGUCACACAGAUCCAGCCAUGCCUGCGGAAGGGAAAAGUGAUAUGGAGAGGAUUGGCCUCUUCAGUGAGAUGGGUUAUGUUACCAUUGGAGAUAAAUAUGUAUCACAUUAUAUGCGCCCUUUUAACGAAGCUGCGAGCAAGAACAGACAGAUGUUUCCGGGGGGAACCAAAACAUUGUCAGCUCUGCAGGCAGGUUAUUUUGAACCUCAGUUUGUGAGGAUUUUCGAUGGUGAAGCCUACUCAAACCCUGUUCAGCUAAGGAGACGCUAUAGAUUGGCAGAAUCAAAGAAAAAUUUGGGCAAAGCUUUCCUUCCCAGUAAUGGAGACAAAUUGCCAUGUGGACUUGGCAGCUAUUAUGGAACCAUAGGAGGUUCAUAUGCAUACUUCAGUCCACAACUGAAAGCCAAAGAAAGAUACAUUCCUCCUGGAAAGAAUUUUUAUACUAAUCCAGGAAAGAAAGGAACUGGAUACGGUUAUGUAAAUCUUACCAUAGGUGAACAAUAUCCACAUGAACCUGAUGGGUAUGAAGUAGAAAGAAUAAAUGCAAAGAAAGUGCAAGAGGAGCAUAAACGAUUGGCUAAAGGAGGGCCUUUCAAGUUAAAUCUAUAUCCCCAGGACUAUUUUGACAUGAAUCCCUAUUUUAAUGACAAACCUUUGCCACCUGUGAAGAAACCACCUCCAGAGAAGCCAAUUGCACCACCUUUCAAACCAAGUUCUCCUGCUAAAAAGUCAGGGGGCAUGAAAGGAGGCACAUUUGAUCCUUACCCAAGCCAUUCCGCUGACCCUUAUGUAAUUAAAAAAUCUAAGGCUGUCACAACUAAUAAAGAACGACAGAUUUUUCAUCCUCCUGCUGGACCAAAAAGCAGACCUGUUAGAAGCAUAAUAACUUUAAAUGUCACAAGAUCAUUAAAUGUAAAGAACUACAAGACUGCGCAGCUGACAUCUUACUAGGUACAAAAGGUGAAAUGAAGGGUACACUUUUUAGACUCUGUAAAAUGUUAACAAAGCAAAUAAAAAUGUCAAAAGUGGAAUUCAAGUAUCUAGGGCAAUCCAAUCUCUUUAAUUAUUGAGAAUGCAAUCUUUUGUUUCUAAAUAUAAAGCUAUAAUAAAUAAUUUAAGAUCAUGUA